AUGAUGCUAUGGUAUAUGACAGUUGUUCUGAAGUGUCUUCUUCUCAAUGUUUUUUUAAAUGUAUAUUUUGUUUCUAAACAAACUUCUGUGUCAUUAAAGAGACCACCAGUACGGCAGAUAUCUGAGAUCGAUACAACUAGCAAAAAAUAUGAAACAUUGCAAAGCAAUGAUUUGCAUUACAUUCAAAUGAAAAUUUCUUCAACUACUUUAAUAAAUGAUUGGAGUAAUGGACAGAGUAAUUGGGUUAAUAUUUCAACUAAUUCUGAACAAAAUUUUGCCAACAGGAAAUCAUCAUCUUCUAGCAAUUAUGUGAAUUCUUUCAUUGAAACAUCAUCAAUGACAAAUUUUAUCACCAAUUCAAAUAUCACUGAAAUAAUCACAUCUAAGACUGAAUCUGAUAUCAUCGAAUCAACAAGCUAUAAUGUCACUAUGGAAUCAAUGAAAGAGAAAAAUAUAAGUGAUAUUAUCAUCGAAGAGAAAAUAAUCAAACAUUUAAAUGAUAAUAAGCAAACAGCUAAAAUGUUACAUUACUGUGGAUUGUAUUAA